GAGCAGGACGGCCGCCAUCUUGCGCGAGCCGGAAUCUCGUCCCGCUCCUGUGGCCUAGGGUGCGCGCGAGUCGGUGGCAUUCUCUUGCCGCGGCCCAGCUGGAUCCCUCGCCUGCCGCCCCUCAGCCCUAGGCCGGAGUCCGGCCUUCACCCUCUCCUCUCGGCCAGCUCUGGCCUCCCCGCGGGGUCACGCGGCUGCCCCGGGGACGAUGAACGGAGGAUAAAUGGUGCCCAAGGCAGACAGCGGUGUCUUCCUGCUGCUCUUCCUGCUGGUUCUCACUGUCACCGAGCCGCUGCGGCCAGAGCUUCGGUGCAACCCUGGGCAGUUUGAGUGUCAUAGUGGUACCAUCCAGUGCAUACCCCUGCCCUGGCAGUGUGACGGCUGGCCAACGUGUGAGGAUAAGAGUGAUGAAGCCGACUGUCCAGAAGUGACUGGAGAGGCUCGUCCUUAUGGGAAGGAAACUGUGGACCUGCGGCAGGGGCGGACCAGAGGAGGUGACCCCACACAUUUCCACACAGUGAAUGUGGCUCAGCCUGUCCGAUUCAGCAGGAAAUGCCCGAGUGGGUGGCACCACUAUGAAGGCACAGCCAGCUGCUACCGGGUCUACCUCAGUGGAGAGAACUACUGGGAUGCUGCACAGACCUGCCAGCGUGUAAAUGGCUCACUUGCCACUUUCUCCACUGACCAGGAGCUGCGCUUCGUCCUGGCCCAGGAAUGGGACCAGCCAGAGCGGAGCUUCGGCUGGAAAGACCAGCGCAAGCUCUGGGUUGGUUAUCAGUAUGUCAUUACCGGCCGGAACCAUUCCUUAGAAGGCCGCUGGGAAGUGGCCUUCAAAGGCUCCCCAGAAGUGUUCCUGCCCCCAGAUCCCAUCUUCGCCUCCGCCAUGUCUGAAAAUGACAACGUGUUCUGCGCCCAACUCCAGUGUUUCCACUUUCCUACCCUGAGGCACCAUGACCUCCACAGCUGGCACGCAGAGAGCUGCUCUGAGAAGUCUUCAUUUCUGUGUAAAAGAAGUCAGACAUGUGUUGAUAUCAAAGACAAUGUGGUGGAUGAAGGGUUCUACUUCACUCCCAAGGGAGAUGACCCAUGCUUGAGCUGUACCUGCCAUCGCGGGGAGCCUGAGAUGUGUGUUGCUGCCCUGUGUGAGCGGCCCCAGGGAUGUCAGCAGUACCGCAAGGACCCUAAGGAAUGCUGCAAGUUCAUGUGUCUGGACCCAGAUGGUAGCAGCCUGUUUGACUCCAUGGCUAGUGGGAUGCGCCUGGUCGUCAGCUGUGUCUCCUCCUUCCUCAUCCUCUCGCUGCUGCUUUUCAUGGUCCACCGGCUGCGCCAGCGGCGCCGGGAGCGCAUCGAGUCCCUGAUUGGAGCAAACUUGCACCAUUUCAACCUUGGCCGGAGGAUCCCUGGCUUUGACUAUGGCCCAGAUGGGUUUGGCACAGGCCUUACUCCACUCCAUCUCUCUGACGACGGGGAAGGUGGGACUUUCCAUUUCCACGACCCUCCGCCUCCUUAUACAGCUUACAAGUACCCAGACAUGGACCAGCCGGAUGAUCCACCACCACCCUACGAGGCUUCUAUCAACCCAGACAGUGUGUUCUACGACCCUGCAGAUGACGAUGCCUUUGAGCAUGUGGAGGGCAGCCUGCCAACCCCGAGGGAUGGUAGCAUUGAAGGUGCAUUGCCCAGGCACUUGGACCAGCCGCCACCCCCUGCAGAGACCUCCUUAGCAGAUCUGGAAGACUCUACAGACAGUAGCAGUGCCCUGCUGGUGCCUCCUGAUCCUGCCCAGAGUGGAAAUACCCCAGCUGCAGAAGCACCACCAGGGGGCGGCCGCCUCCCCCGUGGUUCCCUCAAUACUGUGGUUUAGGUGGCUCAGCUUGUGGCCCCCUGUGGGCUAGGAGUGUAUGUUUCUUAUUCAGAAGACACCGAUCUCAGUGGGGGACUUGAAAGGGUCCUGUCAUAGCCUGGACCUACUCCACUGCCACAGCCCCACCAGCAGCAGGUGUGUCCAUAGAAACUGAAGCCAGGCACUCAGACAGGAGCAAGUGCCUGUGCCAUCUGGGGGCUCUUAGUCUCUUUUUUAGAUGGUGGAAUGGCACAGGUGUUGAAACCACACGUUUCCAAGACAGCAGAGGCAGUGGGCUUCACUCACACCAAAUGCAUCUUUGAAUGGGCUUGCUUACUGCACUCUCACGCUUAGAAGCCAGUCGUCAGCCAGUGUAGACACAGUAGAGCUUAGCACUAGUGGCUGCUUAGGGGCAGCCGAGCAUCUGGGCUGCUUCCGGGAAAGCAUUCACAGCUGCUGCACUGGCUUCCUGUCUGGGCCCGAUUGCACAUUUCAAGGUGCCGGUCCCGGGAAGAAACUGAACUUGCCACUCCAUUUCCAGCUCUGCUCUGAGGCCAGCACUGUGGCAGGAGGCCCUGCUCAUUCCUAGCACUCUUCAUGGUGUACCUCUGCAUGGCUCCCCAGGAGCAUGGCUCCCCAGGAGUAGACUCUAGACCCCUGUGGAGGGUUGGGGCAUGCUGGCUUUUCUCUGGAUCCCUGUGCUCUGCUUGCUGGGUCUAGCCAUGCCCGUUCACCUUACCUGUGCCAUAAAGGGUUGUUUGAGAAGAGAAUGGUUCAAUAGGACAUCCUGAGUUGUGUCAUCUGAGUCCACUUCACCCCAUGAACACUGCUGGAAUCCGGUGUCUGCCAGCCACAUACAUGUCUCCCAAUCCCUCCACAGCAAUGGGGCACCUGGGGAUUUUGCCCUAAGGACCCUGUUUGCCAGCUCCAGCUCCAUGCAGUGGUCUUGUCUCCUGACACAGGCCCUUAGCAUUUCUAAGGUUUGGAGAUUAAGCAAGGUUCUGUGCAAUUUUUAGCACAUUCAUAUCUUUUCUAUGUUGGAUGUCUGGGUCUUUCUGUAUCCUUCUGUGUCCUCAAGUGGCCAAAUGUUUGCAGGUGGUAGCAGUUGACAGGAGCUCAGGACAGGAGCCAAUACCCCACAUGAGCCAUUUGCCCGUGGGCUGCUCUUGCACCUGUGUCUGAGCUUCUUCUAGGCUGUGGUCGGCCGGUGGGGCUGCAGCUCCUGUGCAGGUGAGAGCAGGAGUGGAGGUGACUGGCCUCUGCUGUGCUGUGCUUGAGCAGACCCACACAGCUCGAGGUGGGGCUGCAGCUCCUGUGCAGGUGAGAACAGGAGUGGAGGUGACUGGCCUCUGCUGUGUUGUACUUGAGCAGACCCACACAGCUCGAGGUGGGGCUGCAGCUCGUGUGCAGGUGAGAGCAGGAGUGGAGGUGACUGGCCUCUGCUGUGCUGUGCUCGAGCAGACCCACACAGCUCGAGGUGGGGCUGCAGCUCGUGUGCAGGUGAGAGCAGGAGUGGAGGUGACUGGCCUCUGCUGUGCUGUGCUCGAGCAGACCCACACAGCUCGAGGAGCAGCUUUACAGUACUUGGAAACCUACGUUUCCCCUUCCCACACCGAGCAUCUUCAGACCAGAUCCCCAGGGAUGAUGGGGUAUAUGGUUGUUCAUGGAUGGUCUGCCCUGUGUCUGAGCCCACAGACAGCUGCUGCACACAUCCCUCUGCCAGAGGGUGGGCUCCUGCCCCUAUACCCAUUGCUGAGAACAGCAGGAUGUCUAUCCUGUCUCCAGCAGGUACUAAAUGCUGGGCACUGGGCAGCCGUGCUCCAGAGCAACAGUUGGCAAUCGGAUUGGUGCCAGGCCACCCAAAAGAUCCCUGAGGACCACACACCAGUGCCUCAGAAGACUGCAGACGGGAACAACUGGGGACCAAAUGGCUGUUGGGGUUGAGACUAGGAGGCCCAGGUGGAAAGGGUGACCUAAAGUGAACUGGUGCUGCAGAGGCAGGCCUGUCAGCACUGCGGGGUCCGCCCCUGUGCCUUCAGGGUGCAUGGAAGGCCUGUGUUUGGGGCUGUCUGGACCACUGCUGCUUCAAGUCCAAGUGCUGGGGUUGGCCAGCUCCUGCUGAUGAGUAACCCCGAAUCCAGGGUUUGCUGAGGUUUGUGUUUCCUUGCCCAUCCCAUAAGCCCCCAGAGGGACAGGCUCCUAGGGGCCCCUUUCCCAGGCCUGCCUGCCACUCUUCUGAGGCCAGGUGCCCUCUGACCUGCCUUGAAGUGGAAUUUGAUACUGUACAUUGUCUCAAUGCCCGUUUUUACAUAUUCCUUUCAUUAAAGGUUUUAGUUUGGGUGUAUUUUUGAUCGGGUUGGCAUUGAUACUUUCUUAAGAUGCUGUGAGAACCAUUUCAUCCAAUGCCAAAUAAACUUGUGUUAUGGAAAAA